UGCCCCGUCGCAGCGUGGGCAUGCGCGUGGACGACGUGUUUUGGCCCAUGUCACAUGCACAUCGUUCCCCAACAAGCCUACAUGAAGCGAGUUUCCCAGGCCCAAGUCUAUUGAGAUCCCAGCCCCUCCACCCUGGCCAUCUGCUCACCGCCGUGCUGCUGUCCCUCGAGUGUCUUCUCUUCUCCCUUGCUCCUCUGUCUGCCCGCCCGCGGCUCGAGUCGCCAUGUUCCCAAGUUUUAGGUAACACGCCCUGCAGCCGCCACUCAGCGCCCGCCUCCCGCGCGCCGCAGUAUGACGCCCCGGGCGCCUGAAUUCAUACCUCGCCCAGAGCUCGCCCGCGAUGCGUCGCAUCUGUCCAAAGCCUCCGCGCCAUCGCUCUCCCCCAGCAACGAAGCGGACGACGAGCAGAGCAUAUCCGACGACUACGCGGAUAUGUCCUCCGACCGCUCCCCGCCGCACUACGAGGGCGAGGAUGUGCGCCUGACCAGCGACAAAGAGCUGUCUGGCUUCUACAUGUAUGGCUGGGCUGCAGAGGUCUUCGUCGUCUGCGGCAUUGGCAGCUUCAUCCCCGUCACCCUAGAGCAGCUUGCCCGCGAGAACGGCUUCCUACUUCACGACCCGACCCAGCCAUGCAAAACCGCCCGCAUCACAACACCCACCUACUCCAUGUUCUCGCCCAACCAAGACAAGGGGCAAUGCAUCGUCAGACUGCUUGGUCUCAACAUAAACACGGCCAGCUUCGCCAUGUACACCUUCUCAGUAUCCGUCCUCAUCCAAGCACUGCUCAUAAUAUCCAUGUCUGGCGCAGCUGACCACGGCCGCUUCCGCAAGACCUUUCUCUUGUGGUUCGCCUUCAUAGGAAGCACCGCGACUAUGCUGUUUCUACCCAUUGUUCCUAAAGUCUAUGUCUUGGGCGCCGUGUUGGCCAUCGUCGCGAAUACAUGUUUUGGAGCCAGCUUCGUGCUUCUGAACUCUUUCUUGCCGUUACUUGUGCGGUUUCACCCGACGGUUCAGUACGCCGAUGUAUCGCCAGGUUCAAGCUAUUUGGACGACGACGACUUUGACCACCCGGACGUAACUCAAGAGGCUCACUAUUCUAAUCAACUCGCUCACGACGAGAAUGUCAUGGACAACGUCAUCGACGCAACAACCGCACUCCUUCCGCGCAUGCACUCCGAAGCCGAUCUCACAGUCCCCAAUCCCAUUUCGCGGGCAACACCCUCCCAGGAACUUGGAUUGUCCACCAAGAUUUCUUCUUAUGGCAUCGCGAUCGGAUACAUAGCCGCCCUGCUUGUCCAGACGAUAGGUAUCCUUGUCGUUAUCGCAUUCAGCAGCUCGAAUUUUGGUCUUCGCCUUGUCCUCUUCAUCAUCGGUGCGUGGUGGUUCGUCUUCACAAUUCCAACAGCUAUGUGGCUGCGCCCGCGUCCCGGACCCCCACUGCACAUUGCUCCAUCGAAGUCAGCUUUUGGCACUGGCCUCGCCUACUUCACGUACAGUUGGAAAUCGCUUGGCCGAACAGUGAAGCAUGCACGAUACCUGAAAGAUGUAUUGCUGUUUUUAGCAGCCUGGUUUCUACUCAGUGAUUCCGUUGCCACCGUCUCUGGCACUGCUGUCUUGUUCGCGAAAACGACCUUGGGCAUGUCUUACGCCAUGCUUGCCCUAAUCAAUGUGAUCGCCACAAUAUUCGGUGUCAUUGGCGCCUUCACUUGGUCCCGCAUCAGUAUCUAUCUGCGCCUUCGGCCAAGUCAGACGAUUUUGGCAUGCAUUCUCCUCUUCGAGCUGAUUCCCAUCUACGGAUUGCUCGGAUAUAUCCCAGCUGUUCAACGACUUGGCGUCUUUGGCCUACAGCAGCAAUGGGAGAUGUACCCCUUGGGAGCUGUGUACGGCUUUGUUCUGGGCGGAUUGAGCAGUUACUGCAGGAGUCUGUUUGGCGAGCUAAUUCCACCGGGCUACGAAGCGGCUUUCUACGCGCUUUACGCCAUCACCGACAAAGGUAGCAGUGUUUUUGGACCCGCGAUUGUGGGCGCAAUCACGGAUCGUUAUGGCGAGAUAAGACCCGCUUUCUGGUUCCUGGCCGUUCUCAUCGGUCUCCCUUUCCCAAUCAUGAUGCUCGUCGACGUGGAACGAGGUCGGGCGGAAGGCCAAGAACUAGCACGCAAGUUGGAGGAUAUUGCCGCUGCAGAAGCUGCCGCAGAAGAGGAAGAAGAAGAUCUAGUUGAUCACGAUUAUGAGCAAGGAUACCAGCAUCGAUGAGCAUGCAUAGACAUUUGAAGGCGUUUUGCAUGAGCACCAAAGCCAUAGUAAUAAAUUUGGAACGGCGUUCAACGCAGGCAAGCACCCAUUUGAUUCGCCUUUUGAUUGCUGAGCAGGAUGUGCGACAUGAUCAGGUAUGCCAGAGACAUCAAAGAAGGGGUACUCUAUGUACUGAGUGUUGAGCAUACGCUAUUGAUCUUUGACCUGCCAUCCUAUACCGCGAUCAUAUAUGAAAGCGGAG